AUGUCAACCUGGAGAUCAUGCCAAGAUAAAAGUGUGGCAGCGUCGUGGAUAAUGUGUAACAUUGUUGACACGGUAAAAACUGAACAAAACUCCUUAUCUGUUGUAAAGGAAAUCGAACCAAAUUCUACAAAUGUUAUCUCUGAUGAUAAAUCCAAUGAUAAUGAUUUAUUAUUUGAAUCAGAUGAAAUAUCAUCAGACGAACAAUUGUCUCAAAUUAUCGCUACAAUCAAUCAAACAUCUGAUGAUCGAACGACAACACCGGUAUCAGAAGUCAGCGAUAUAAUUGAUAAUAUUGUUGCUGUUGAACAGAAACCGGAAAAAACUCGUAAUAUUCAAACACCCAUCGGAGCGAAAUUAGCGAAAAAAUUAGAAACAUUUGCAAAUAAAAAACUGACAGCAGACGAUAAUAAACCGAAUUCAGCAAAUGGAAAAACAGUAACAGUAGCAACCACAACGGCAUCGUCAGCAAUACCGACAACUAAUCCAUGUGAAGCUGAGACUAAACGACGUAUAGAAAAGGCAGCGAAAAAUAUAAUGAAAAAUUUACCGGAUUUGGAUCCACAAAAGAAUUUAAUGUCCUUGUGUAUUAAAUUAGCUGAAUUUCAAGAACAAUAUCGUGUAGCAUGUGCCAAAGUGAACGAAUUAGAAAAACGUUCAACAGUGAUAAUGCGUGAACGGGAUCAAACAUUAUUAGAGAAUGGUCGUAUAACAGCAGCUAAAGCGAAAUUAGAAAGUUUAUGUCGUGAAUUACAUCGUCAUAAUCAACAAAUUCGCGAUGAAAGCAUGCAACGUCAGCGUGAUGAUGAAGGUAAACGAAAAGAAUUAGCAACGAAAUUUCAAACAACAAUCGAUGAAAUUGCCGCUCAGUUGAGUAAUUACAGCGAGAAAAGUAGUAGUUUACGAGAACAAAAUGUUCAGUUAUCUGAACAAUUAGCAGUUGUCGUUAAAGAUUAUGAUUUGCGUGAAAAAGAAGUUGAAGCGGCAUUAAAACAAAAAGAAUUAGAAUUACGUUUGACUGAAGCUAGUUUAGAACAAAUGCGUUUAUUAUUAACAGAACGAACAGAAUUGAUCAAACAAGAGAGACAAGUUUCGGAAGCGGAACGUCUCGUUUUAUUUAAAAAAUGUGAAGAAUUAGCAGGAUCGGAAUUAGGUUUAAGACAACAAGUAACAAUUUAUUCAGAACGGUAUCAAGAAUUUCAAAAUGCUAUAACACAAAGUAGUCAAAUGGUAACAUCGUGCCAUACUGAAAUAGAGAAAAUGGGAAAAAAGAUUAAAAAACUCGAAAAAGAACGUGCAGAUUUUCAACAUCGUUGGCAAAUAGCUGAACAAAAUCAGAAAAAAUCAGCCGAUGAGACAAAACAAAUUGAAAAAGAAAAACGACAACUAGAAACAAAAAUGGAUAAAUUAGAAAAAUUAAGUCGGGCAUUGCAACAAGAACGUGGAGAAUUACAAAAUACAAUUAAAACCCUUACAAAAGCAUCAUCCUCAUCACCUAUAACAACAUCUAUUGGUAUUAAUAAUGGUAACACCGAUGGAAGCGAUAGACACGUGCAAGAUGAAAGUAAACAAACAGCAGGUUUAUCUACAUCUGAAUCGUCAUUACCAUCGCAACCAACAGUUGCAAAAACAACAGCCGCAACAAACGAUUCUAAUGAAACGAAUGUUAUUGCGAAUAGCAAUGAUAAUUCCUCAUCUUUCACUUCCAUUGUUCACGAAGAAAACGGCGGAACCGAAAGCCCAGCAUCAGUCGAACAACUCUCAACUUCUGAGCCCAUCAUCCAUCAGUUAUCAUCAGACAUAGCAGAUUCACCAAAUUUAUACAACGGUGAGUAUUCUGAAUAUCCAUUAUCUCUCAUUUGA